AUGGGUUCAUCAACAACUACAAAUCCAAAUUCUUAUGUUGGUAUUGAUAUUGAUAAUAUGAUUAAAGGUAAAUUUAAAAAGACAAUCUUAAGAAGAGAUUCAGAUAAUUCUGCAUUUAGACCAAGUCAACAACAGCAAUCACAACAACCACAAUCACAAUCACAACCAACCACACCAAUAGAUCAAAAUGAAUUAAUUUCAAUAACAAGACCUCCACCAAGAACUAAAGAUGAUGAAAGUAUAUUCAUAAAUACUGGUGUCAUAACCCCCAUUGCAGUGGAAUCACCACCAAAAUUAAGUAGAAAAACAACAAAUGGUAGUACUGGGUAUGGUAAAACUUCUGCAUCUGCUCAAUAUUUCCCAACUGGUGAUGAGACACCAUAUUCUUAUGCUCCAAGUAUUCAUUCCAAUAAAUCUUAUAAAUCAGAAGCAAGAGCUUCAAAUAAUGUUGAAGAUUUCAUUGAUGGUUUAAAUAUUGGUAUGAUUGGUGAUUUCCUCAAAAAGAUAAUGAAUAUAAUUUGGGAUAAAUUACAAAAAUCUCCAUAUAUAAAUACAGAAAAUGAUGGGAAAUUACAUUUACAAAGUUUUUUCGUUGGUAUUAUAAUGACUUCUAUUGUGGUUAUGGUUCAACCUUAUUUAGUUGGUUAUUUAGAUUCAUGGAUUGUUUUAUUAGGUAGAUUAUUUAAACAUUUAAUGGCUUGGGUUAUGGUUGCAGGUGUAUUAUCAUAUGUUUUCAAGACCAAAAAGAAUGAUGAUGAUGAUUCAAGAUCAAAUAAUUUUGACCAAAUGACAGUGAAGACUAAUAAAACAAGAUCUUCAUCACCUACUAAAUCUUUUAAGUCUAAAAAAACUCAUCGAGAUCGGCCCAAUCUUGCAAAGCAUCAAAUCCCAUCAUUAAUUGAUCCUACAUUACCACAAUCAAAUCAAGAAUUAAAUCAAAUUACAACAAAUAAGUCAAUGAAUCAAGAUCAAUUAAUGUUGAUGAAUAUAACUGAACAAACUCAGGAAGAUGAAUUUGAAAGAUUUGAAAAUAAUGGAAUACCAACUCAAUUAUCAGAUGGAUUCCCACAAGAUCAUAUGGUUCCAAAUAAUAAUUAUAAUGAAUUUAUGAAAAUUGCAAUUGAAAAAGAUCAACAACAUCAACAAUAUAAUAAAUUUAUUGAUGAUAAUAGAAAAGGUAUUAAAAAAAUGGUUAAAGUUGGUUAA